AUGAGAUGGAGAGGAUAUCCUUCAUCAAGUUUGCCACGUGAUUUUCGUCCAAAGGAUCUUCUUCAAUUCAAUGUGAAUGAUAGUUAUUUGGAUUCAAUGGAAAUUAGUAAGAUAACGCAAAAUGUGAAUGUGAGUGUUUUGAACUCUGAAGGGUGCAAGAAUAUGAGGCGCAUACCUAAUUUAUCAGGCCUCUCAAGUUUAAAGGAGUUGUGGCUUCGUAACAGCAAAAAUCUGAUUGAAAUUGCUAAUUCGGUUGGGCAAUUAGCAAAACUUGAAACCUUGAAUUGCCUUAAGCAACAAGGGGCAAUAGAGUGUGGAUACUAUAUUAUCCAUUUUAUGUUUAACAUUAUUGAGAGUGGAUGUACUAAAAAAUUUGAAAAGAUUUUUGAUAAUGACUGCUCAUACACCGUUGAUGAUAUUGAUUUUAUCCGAGACAUUUUGGCACAACAAGUGCUUCAAGAAUGA